AUGGCAAUAACAAGGGUCUGCGAACUUGCAGUAAUGACGGGUAACUCAAGCAGUAUGGCUUUUACAAAAGCACCGGGAGAUGUAGACAUGGGCACUUGGACUCUUCAGGAAAUACAACGAUACGGCCUUUCUCAGCAUUGGUCUGGAGCACGGGAGCGAAGACAGCAAGCAGUUACCGAUUCGGAAAGGCUCAGCGGCGAUGAGAUUAGAGCGGACGGCAACUACGGGUUACAGAUACUGUUUGUUGAAGAUCUGGGCUUCCUUUUUCAGGAACUCGAAGCACCUAGCUCAUGA